UGCUUCUCUUAUUAUUCAUUCAUCCCAAGUUAACUAUCACUAUUGAUCCCAUACAUUAGUCUUUUAUUUAGGUACCCAUUCGACCUUUUUUUGUCGAAGCUCUGUCGCCAUGGCAAAAAGGCAAGGCCACCAGUUCAAGAAGCUUGAUCCUGACAUGUACCAUGAAGAUUGGAACGGCUUGCCUAAAAUCACCCUCCAAAACGGCGCAAACCUAGAAGAAUUGCACAUGCGGGAGACUUUUAUUGUCAAGUUGUCGUUUUACCGGCCAGAGCAUUGCACCGGGACAGGCUUCUACAUCAACAUCCCUGAUGUGAGACGUGACUGGUAUACUUGCAACAGUAAUAACCCAGCCCCAACCAACAGUAAAGAUAGGACCGAGGGAAAAUGCCACCAUAUCAUCCUCACGGCAGGACAUAACCUAAUCGGGGAUGAUAGAAAUCUGUCGACAAAUGUGAAGAUUGAGCGAGCGGAGUUUGAGGAGAAAGAGAACGAAAAGAAAGAAAUUGAGACAGUAAUUAAGAAGACUUGGAUUGACGUGAGCGAAGACCAAGUAAUGAUUUGCGACAGUUACAGAAAGAACCCUGGCCCAGACAACUCUAGGAAUGACUGGGGGGCGAUCUUUCUUGAAUCAGACGGCCGACCGCACGGAUUUGGGAUUAAUCUGCUCCUCGGUUUGGACGAUCGGGAAGAUGGGUGCCAGAGCCUAAUCCAGCGUGUUCUUCAAAAAAACCAGGUAACUAUCGCGGGACAUCUGACGAAGGGUUCUAUUCGUACUACCACUGGCCCCGGCAGCGUUUGCUCUACAGGACAAAUUGAAUAUGAAGCGCAGACAGAGCCUGGCAUCAGCGGUUCACCUGUUUGGGUUCCUUACCAAGGGCUUGCCACAGUGGUCGCAAUACAUGCUUAUGGCGGACGGGGACGUUCUAAGAGGAGCCGAGGAACACGCAUUAGCUUCGAACUUCUCGAAACGGUCUACAAACGAGCCGGUCUUGGUUACUUCUCCAAAGUGCUCAAAGCCAGCCAAACCAAGAAAGACGGGGAAGCAGUCAAAUACCCUAAGGGGCUCUACCUGCGUUUCCCCGGUCCCGGGAGCCGGGCAAGAGUACGCCUCGGCGCGGACGGCCUUCAAACCACAUUUGACGUCCUCCCAGCCGCGACGCAGCCAAGUUCGGGGCCCGCAAAACGCAUAGUAUACUACGCGUUCCGUUUCCAUGCGAAGAAUCGCCGGUGGGUGUUGUGGAACAGCGAUCAGAAAACGGUAAGCCUUGUGUCCAGCCCUCACCCCGCGUGCCUGGUGAGGCUAUCGGAUGGAAAGAAGUUCACUACAAGCUUCCAAGUUGCUUGCGCCCGGCGCGAAGGGAGCAGACCAGAAGUCCUACUGCAGCUGGGGACCAAGAGACUCCGCAUCGAGGAUGAAGAUAUGGGUAUUGCUGCUGAGACUUCCGAGGUUGUGUUGGCCGAGUUUCCGGCCAUGCAGAUGCACCCUAAAGCUGGCUUUUAUAAUCAUUUCUGGUUCGAAGAUUCUGAGAUGUAGGGUAUAGGGUGUGUAGCUACCACCAUAAGAGCCUAAAUGUAGCGCAAAGACUAUGAGUUCAGAAGGAGGUGGUUGAUUGACGUCGGUUCAAAGAUGACGGUUUACCAAGGAUCCAGCUAUUAGUAAUCUAAUCAUGUCACAUGACAGACACAAUGACAGCCACAGCUGGGCGCUGUGGCUAGUAUCCACGCAAUGUAGGCUGGCACCUAGGUACCAUCUGGG